GUUACACAAGAGCUAAAAAACAUUCAGGUUGAGCAGAUGACAAAACUUCAGGCCAAGCAUCAGGCAGAAUGUGAGCUACUUGAAGAUAUCAGAGCGUUCAGUCAGAAAAGAGCUGCAAUAGAGAAAGAAUAUGCACAGAGCAUUCAGAAGCUGGCUAGCCAAUACUUAAAGAAGGACUGGCUGGGAAUGAAAGCUGAUGAACGAAGUGAUUAUAGGAGCAUGUACUCAGUUUGGAAAUCACUUUUAGAAGGCACAAUGCAAGUGGCCCAAUCCCGACUCAAUAUCUGUGAGAACUAUAAGAACUUAAUUUCUGAACCAGCCAGGACUGUUCGGUGCUUUAAGGAACAGCAGUUGAAGAAGUGCGUGGACCAGUUGACAAGGAUCCAAGCUGAAUUACAGGAGACAGUGAAAGAUUUAGCUAAAGGCAAAAAGAAAUAUUUUGAGACUGAACAGAUGGCUCAAGCAGUGCGGGAGAAAGCUGAUAUUGAGGCCAAGUCCAAACUUAGUCUUUUCCAGUCCAGAAUAAGCCUGCAGAAGGCAAGUGUAAAGUUAAAAGCACGACGGUCCGAGUGCAAUUCCAAGGCAAUCCAUGCAAGGAAUGAUUACCUGCUCACUUUGGCAGCUGCUAAUGCUCACCAAGAUCGUUACUAUCAAACAGACUUAGUCAACAUUAUGAAGGCUCUUGAUGGAAAUGUAUAUGAUCACCUUAAGGAUUAUUUAAUGGCAUUCAAACAGACAUGCCAAGCUGUACAAAACACAUUCCAGUUUUUACUGGAGACUUCCAGCAGGGUGGUGAGGGAUUACAACCUCCAGCUGUUUUUGCAGGAGAACUCGGUGUUUCACAAACCACAGCCUUUCCAGUUCCAGCCCAGCGACAGUGACACUAGCCGACAGCUGGAAUCGGAGACCGGGACGACGGAAGAGCACAGCCUGAACAAGGAGGCUCGGAAAUGGGCCACCCGGGUGGCCCGGGAGCACAAAAACAUCAUCCACAGCCAGAGGACACUUGAAGAGCUGGAAUGCCAUGGGCCUGGGAUGUCUGAGCAAACCCGAGCAGAGCUAGAGCAGAAAAUAGAUGAAGCCAGAGAGAGUAUCCGCAAGGCUGAGGUAGUUAAGCUGAAAGCUGAAGCACGUCUUGAUCUGCUGAAGCAGAUUGGGGUGUCUGUGGAUACGUGGCUGAAAAGUGCCAUGAACCAAGUGAUGGAAGAGCUGGAAAACGAGCGCUGGGCCAGCCUGCCCCCCGUGACCAACAACGGCUCCUUGCACCUGAUUAAUGCUGAUGCAGAAAAGGAAGAAGGUGAAGAGUUUGAAGACAGCAUGGAUGUUUUUGAUGACAGUAGUUCCAGCCCUUCUGGUACUCUAAGAAAUUAUCCUCUCACCUGCAAAGUUGUUUAUUCAUAUAAGGCUUCUCAGCCAGAUGAACUGACCAUAGAGGAACACGAGGUCUUGGAAGUUAUUGAAGAUGGAGAUAUGGAAGACUGGGUGAAGGCACGGAACAAGGCAGGUCAAGUGGGUUAUGUGCCAGAGAAGUACCUGCAGUUCCCAACAUCCAGCAGCCUGCUGAGCAUGUUGCAGUCCCUUGCAGCCCUGGACAGUCGGUCACACACCUCAAAUAACUCCACUGAGGCUGAUUUAGUCUCUGGCAGCUUGAAUGGAGACUCCAGUGUCUGUUUUGUAAAAGCACUUUAUGAUUACGAGGGCCAGACAGAUGAUGAACUGUCCUUCCCAGAAGGAGCAAUCAUCCGCAUCCUCAACAAGGAGAAUCAAGAUGAUGAUGGGUUUUGGGAAGGAGAAUUCAAUGGCCGUGUGGGGGUGUUCCCCUCAGUCCUGGUUGAGGAGCUCACAGCCUCAGAAAAUGGAGAGACCCAGUGGAUUGGAGACCUUCAGGUGUCCCCGAAGCCUCACAACGCGCUCCCGGCGCUGCCGCUCUAUGACCAGCCUCCCACCAGCCCCUACCACAGCCCAGACAAAAUUGGUUCCCAGUACUUCCCCAGGUCACCAUCAACCAACGAAAACAGCUUCAGUUCAGAGUCCCCUGGAUUCUCACAACCUCCACGAAUCCCUCCUGAAACGUCCUACGGGAAACUGCGACCUGUCCGGGCAGCUCCACCUCCCCCCACGCAGCAUCACCGCCGGGCCACCGAGAAGAUCGAGGAUGUGGAAAUCACCCUGGUGUGA